AUGUUUAACGAAAUAGACGAAGAUUAUGAUAAAGUGUCCAUUAGUACUUUUAAGGCUGGCCUCCCAGCCGAGCAUGACCUGAGGAAAUCUUUGACUGGUAAGCCUGUUACCAGUGUGCGCCAACUUAUAGAUCGGAUUGACAAGUACAAAAGGGUAGAGGAAGACCAAAUACAGGGGAAAGGAAAGUCUAAGGUGAUCCUUCAGGAGAGGAGGGAUUUUAGGUCGAACCGGUACAAUAAUAACCGACCUCGGAAAGAUUUUGUUGGGCAGUCAGGAUCUGCCAACACCCAGGUGGUUAAUGUCGUAUUUCGAGAACCGGUACAACAAGUUCCGGAGAAGAUUAAAAACGAGCUGUUCUUUGAAUGGCCGAAAAAUAUGGCAGGAGAUCCUAUGAGGCGCAAUCAAAACCUUUAUUGCCAAUAUCAUCAGGAUCAUGGACAAACUACCGAGGAUUGCAGAAACUUGUGGGACCAUCUAGACCAACUAGUCCGGGAAGGGAAGUUAAAGCAACUUUUGCAUCAUUCCAGUGGUCUGGAAGCCAAACGGGUUCGAGGUUUCGGAAAGAUGCUUCUUCAAAACUCCCUCUUGGCACAAUAA